AUGGAUCCACUUGUGAUUCUGGUGCUCUGUCUCUCCUGUUGGCUUCUCCUUUCUCUGUGGAAACAGAACACUGGGAAGGGGAAGCUCCCGUCUGGCCCUCAUCCUCUCCCUUUUAUUGGAAAUAUCCUACAGGUAGAUGUGAAGAACAUCGGCAAAUCCUUAUGCAAUCUCUCAAAAACCUAUGGCCCGGUUUUCACUCUGUAUUUUGGCAUGAAGCCUGCUGUUGUGCUGCAUGGAUAUAAGGCAGUGAAGGAAGCCCUGAUUGAUCUAGGAGAAGAGUUUUCUGCAAGGGGAAGUUUCCCAUUAGCUGAAAGAAUUAGUAAAGGACAUGGAAUCCUUUUCACCAAUGGAAAGAGAUGGAAGGAGAUGCGGCGCUUCUGCCUCAUGACCCUGCGGAAUUUGGGGAUGGGGAAGAGUGACCUUGAGAGCCGAGUUCAAGAGGAAGCCUACUACCUCAUGGAAGAGUUGAGAAAAACCAAUGCCUUACCCUGUGACCCCACUUUUGUCCUGGGCUGUGCUACCUGUAAUAUGAUCUGCUCCAUUAUUUUCCAAAAUCGUUUUGAUUAUACAGAUCAGACUUUACUUGGCUUCCUGGAAAAAUUUAAUGAAAACGUCAAGAUUUUGAGCUCCUCAUGGGUCCAGAUCUACAAUAGUUUCCCUGCUCUCAUUGAUUACCUCCCAGGAAGUCAUCGCAAAAUAUUUAAAAAUUUUACUUGUACACACAAUUAUAUUUUAGAGAAAAUCAAAGAACACCAAGAAUCCUUGGACAUUAACAAUCCUCGGGAUUUCAUUGAUUACUUCUUGAUCAAAAUAAAACAGGAAAACCACAGUCAGCAGUUGGAGUUCACUAUUGAAAACUUGAUAGCCACUGCAAGUGAUUUGUUUGCAGCUGGGACAGAGACCACAAGCACCACCCUAAGAUAUGCUCUCCUGCUCCUGCUGAAGCACCCGGAAGUCACAGCUAAAAUCCAGGAAGAGAUUGGCCAUGUAAUUGGCAGACACCGGAGCCCCUGCAUGCAGGACAGGAGCCGCAUGCCCUACAUGAAUGCAGUGUUGCAUGAGAUCCAGAGGUUCAUUGACCUUAUCCCAGUCAACCUGCCACAUGCAGUGACCCGUGACAUUAAAUUCAGAAACUAUGUCAUCCCCAAGGGCACAAGUGUACUAAUAUCACUGACUUCUGUGCUACGUGAUGACAAAGAAUUUCCCAACCCAGAGACAUUUGACCCUGCCCAUUUCCUGGAUGAUAGUGGCAACUUUAAGAAGAGUGACUACUUCAUGGUUUUCUCAGCAGGAAAACGGAUUUGUGUGGGAGAAAGCCUGGCCCGUAUGGAGCUGUUUUUAUUCCUGACCUCCAUUUUACAAAAUUUUACCCUGAAACCUGUGGUCGACAUAAAGGACCUUGACACCACCCCAGUUGCCAGUGGGUUUGGACAUAUCCCACCCCCCUACAAGAUUUGCUUUGUUCCUUUGUGA